AUGAGGAGCUAGCUCAUGUGGUAGAGCACUCCCCUCUGAUCCUUGAGGUCAGGGGUUCGAUCCUUACCCCCAACAUUAUGUUGGGGUAUUUCCUUAGCAUGCUUUGCAUGCUUUACCAGCCAAUGUGCUGGUAGUUCCUACAAGGCUAGUAGCCUUGAUAGGGAUUAGCCCUUGGGCUGACUUAAUUUCCCAAUCAAAAAAAAAAAAAAAAAAAAAGAGUAACAACUAACAAGCCAUGUCUAGCUUGUUUGGAGUCGGGUCAAUUAAAAUUCAUUCAGGAAUCCAAACUCAAAAUGAAAAUUGGAAAAAACGAGCACAAGUGUUCCCGCCGCAUCAAAUUGAAAUUGCGCUCCUCUUGCCCUCCGAUCCCGCUAUUUCUCAUUUCCGCUUGAACCCCUUCCAAAUAAACCCAAUUCCAAAACCCCCUAAAUUUCUUCUUCUUCCGAACUCCCCAAAUCCCUAAUUUUUCUGAUACCAAAUUUCCGCACGAAUUUGUCCGUAACAAUUGUGUUAUUCCCGUCCUCAAAGGUCAGUGUCCUAAUUCGAUUUAACUCUUAAUCCGUUGUGAUUCAAACUCUUUUUGCAAUUAACUUAUUUUUGUAUCUUAAAUUUCUGUCUAGGGUUUUGAAAUAGUAUUUUCUGUGUAAACUUUAGUUAGAUUGAAUUUAUGGGUGAGGAUAAAUCUGGAAAGUUAAAGGAGAAAGAGGUUCGUCCUCCAUUGGGUGAUGUAACAAAUCAACUUGGUAAAAGACCAUUUUCUUUGAUUUCACGUAGUCCAGCUUCUAAAUCUAAGAGUGGAAAUAAUCAAAUUUCUGAUGAAUCAGAUACUGAUUCUAAUUUCUGGAAGCAAGUUUCUUUGGUAGUAGAGAAAUUAGAAAAAGAAAGAAGUAGCGUUUCCAAAUGCCCUAAAAUUAGUAAUGAAGUUGGUUUGUCCCCCUUGAAAGGCGGAAAAACUUAUCGCUUAUUGAACUCAUCUGGAAAGGGUUUGCAAAAUGUUGUUCAUCCGGCUAAGGGGACGUCUAGUUCUGUGCUAGAUAGCAUAGUUUUGGAUGCUGUUAAUCUGGGUGAUGCUGCUAAAGAAAGCCGGGUUUUGGGGGUGAAAGUGGGUGAGAGCUCGAUAUGUGUCGAAAGGGAUCAUGUUGAGGGUGGAAAGGAGUGCCAAAAUGAGGAAACAAGAGCAAGUUCUUAUGUUGCUGAUAAUGAUAGUACUCAUGAAGUGUUAGGUACUCAAGUUGUUGUGAGUGACGAUUGUGGAAAUCUUGGUGUUGAGGGCUUGACUACUAGUAGAUCUGAAUCGGUCGUGAGUUCGAGGUUGACUGAGUCACAGGAGAUAAAAGGAUUUGGAUUGGAGAGAUGCGCGGCAUUGAAAAAAGAUGGUGGAUGUAGUUUUGCUGCUGGGAUGGACUUGCUUAAGCAGUGUUCAUGCUCAUUUUGCACUAAAGCUGCUUAUAUGUGGUCUGACCUGCAUUACCAGGAUGUGAAAGGCCGGAUAUCAAUAUUGGCCAAGAGUCAGAAGGACGCGAGCAAUUUGGCUCAAAAAUACUCCGUGGAGAAUGAAAUGGGCAGACAUGCCCAACCAAAUUCUAGUGAUGCUGCACAAAUAGAAGCUGAUCUCACAACUCAAUGGAGGUCCCUCUUUCUUCAUUUGGAGGAUAUGUUUGGCAGUGAAGGCAGCCAAUUACAAAACAGUUUCCUUGCUCUGAAGGAUUUAAGAGAGGAUUUCAAGAUAAAUUUAGAAUCGAUCACUGGAAUACCUUUGGAUAUGCAACAAUCUUCGUCUGAUGCUUCUGAUCAUACGAUAGUCUAGGAAGUUUUUCUCUGCAGGUGUGGCUUUCUCCAUCCCCUUGUCUCAGUUUAGGACCUUUUUAUAGCUCGAAUCACACCCCUGCGUGAUGUCAGUAGCGUCUGUAUCAAUGUAAUACACGAUUUGCAAAUGUUUAUAGUUGAAGUUAUGGUUCUGAUCUACGUUACCAUGUA